AUGGAGGGUAUCUCGCCCUCGCCACAGUCACCUCGCGUCGACGCGAACGGGCCGAAAGGCGCCGAGGCGACCCUAGCUGACCGACUCAACUACCACGACCUUCCUAGACCCUUCAAGAACCCACACUUUGUCUCUCGCUUAUCCGUGCGCACCGCCUCAACAUCCACCACGGGCGUCAAGAAGAACGCCAAGCAGAUCCUCACGCUCGAGCGGGAACGCGUUUCGGGCGGGGAUGGGUUUUUGUCUGCUAUGCAGGUCGGACAGAAAUUGAGGGGCGAGCCGAUAGAUACGGGUGGGAAGAAGAAGAAGGGGUCAGCUGCAGAGGCGGGGACGGGACCGGUCAAGAAGGGGAAUAUCGCGAAUUUGAUGAGGGGGCGAAAGAAGGCUGGGCGGCCACCCGCUGGGGCGAGCGGCGUCAGUACGCCGAUGGAUGUGGAGGGAGGUGUGAGUGGGGCUACGACGCCGGCGAGAGAGGAGAGUCCGGAUGAGGAGGAGGGAGGGGAGGGGAAGGCGGUUCUUACUGGGCUGGAAGGGGUACCGAGGAAAGAGGUCUUUACUUACCAUACACCUGCCGCCCCGCCCUCGCUACUUCCAGCCAAGAAGUAUUGCGACAUCACCGGACUCGCGGCGGCAUAUACCGACCCAAGAACCAAGCUCAGAUAUAAAGGGCUGGAGCUAUGGCACGUCGUGCGGAAUUUGGGACCAGGUGCGGAUCAGGCAUAUUUGGCUCUGCGGGGAGCGCAGACCAGUCUGAAAUGA